AUGGGAUCCCGCCCCUCUCUGCAGUCUGCGGCCGCCACACACGAGCACCACCCCAUCCCUCCCACGGUGGCGGACACCAAGGCUGCCUUCCUAGAGGGCUUCAAGCGCCCUCUGCCGGGCAUCUACUCCACCGUCAUCCAGGAGCUACUGGUGCAGCAACACCUGUUCCGCUGGAACGUGACCUACUCCUACAACGCCAUCACCGCCCUCGGCGUGGUCAGCAUCUUUGACCAGCUGCUGGAGGGGCUGCCGGAGCAGGACCCCAUCUUUGAGGCGUUCAUCAAGGCGCUGCAGGAGGACCCGGCGCAAUACCGUGGUGAUGCACGGCGCCUCGAAGAGGCCGCCGGGAGCUUGGGUGGCCCCGAGAACCUGAAGCCUGAUGCAGAGGGCAGCGAGAUCCAGAAGACACUGGCACAGACGGCCGAGGCCAUCAAGUCCGGCAACUUCCUGUACACCCGCUUCUUCGCCGUGGGCCUCUUCCGCCUGCUGGAGCUGGCGGGGGCCAAGGGCCCCAAGGCCCUCUCCGGCCUGACGUCCGCCCUGGGCGUGCCGUUGGAGCGCGUGAACGCCGACCUCCUGACCUACAAGAACGUGCUGUCCAAGCUGCAGGCCGCCAAGGAGAUCAUGAAGGAGUUCCUGGAGCGUGAGAAGAAGAAGACGGCGCAACGUUUGGCCGAGAAGCAGGCGAAACAGGCGGCCCAGAGCGGAGAGAGUGCGGAUGGGAAGGCCGCGGAGGUGGCGGCAUGA